AUGAUAACAAACGAAUCCUGAUUACUCUCCUCCACAUUUAUGUUAAGCCUUAUUGGCCUAUCAUUUCACCGAGCGCACCUGCUUUCAGCCUUGCUCUGCCUAGAGGGCAUGAUACUCUCAAUCUUCAUCGGCCUAGGCCUCUGGGCCCUAAAAUUUGCUCUAAUCGCCCCCCUAAUGUAUCCUAUUGCCAUGCUAACUAUAUCUGCAUGUGAAGCGGGCCUAGGCCUUUCCCUGAUAAUCGCCACUGCUCGGACCCACGGCUCAGACAAUUUAAAUACCCUAAACCUCCUGCAAUGCUAA